UUACGGACUCUCCGAGCGGAAUCAUCACUCAAAUGUUAACUUAAGUAACAUUAUUUUUUUUAAAUCACAUGUCUGUGUACACGGGGAGCGUAGAUGUCGGACACCGGAGAGGAGUGGCAGGUGGCCCGGCGACGAAAAGGCGCAGCGCGGAAAUCAAAGUCACUUCAGGUGUCCUCUGCUUCAACAUGCUGCCAGGAGCAGCUGGAUAUCGGGAAAACUGUAAAACGGAUUAGAGAUACAGUGUCUGAGCUAAGAUGUGAGGAGUUUUGGCAAGAGUGGAAAGAGCAGCUACUGGUAGCAGGAUCAGCAUCCCUCUCAAAACCUCCAGAGAAUAAGGACACAGAGGAUCCGACUGACCAGCUGGAGAAGAGAGGAGAAGGCAGACUGUCUCAACAGCUGGAGUGUGUGUGUUAUGGCCUUGGCUCCUUUUCCUCCUGUGUCUCGGCUCGCUACCAGCUUGCCAUGUUGCUGCUGCUGCUGGAUGCAGGACAGAUUCCACUGAAGGACUGCUCUGUUUAUGACCCUGCGUUCUCCACCGGAGAGAGGGAUGCUUUGAAAGAGCUGGGUCUGACUGUACUCACAGAAAAUGAGGAGGGGAAGCGUGUGGCAACUAAGCCCACACUCUUUUACCUGAUGCAUUGUGGGAAAGCUCUGUACAACAACCUUCUGUGGAAGAACUGGAGUAUACAAUGUCUUCCUCUGAUGAUAAUCAUUGGAAACAGCUUCAAUGGCAUGAGGGACAGGAUGAUCGAGAGAGAGUUCGAGCGGGACUACGGCUACAUUCGACAGGCUGUGGAUGUGUGUGAGGAGAGACAGCUGCCUUGUCCAUCGCGUCUGAUUGAUGUCUUCAGUGACACAGCAGUCAUUACCUUUCCUACCAGCAGCCUUAACAGACUCCCACAAUCCACCUGGGCAGAGCCACCUGAACCGCAUUACCAACACUGCCCUGAUUUGGAGAUUAUACUGAGGGAAACACAGAGUUGACACAGGAGACAGAUAAUACUGGACAUUUUUUUUAUGUUUCUAUUGAAGUUUUUUAAUAAAUGAACUAUGCUACAAAUUGAGGGUUGACUCAAUAACUGAGCCACUAUCCCACUUUACAGAAGAGGAAAAGAUAGAGUUGAUAAUCUUGGAUUAAUUAAUAUAAAAAGUAUUAUAGGUGUAUUUUCAUGUGUUUGCAUCUGUCAGAUUCAACUUUAUGUCUUACAAACAAGACAAUUUAAUGAAACUGUUUUAUAUUCCAAAUAAAUCAAACUUUCCCAU